GCGGCUGCCGGGCCGCUGCCGCUCGCAGCCCUUCCUGCGAGCGUGCGGCGGGCGGCGGACAGGGGCGCGGGUUGGCCGGACCGCGAGGAGGGCGUGCGGAGCCGGCGUCCCGCCCUGGACCCCGGAGGCGGGCCGGAGGUGGCGGGCCCGGGCGAGGCGGUGAUGAAGCAGGGCAGCGAGGACGCGGCGGCGCCCGCGGGCGGCCCCUGGGAAGAGUGCUUCCAGGCGGCGGUGCAGCUGGCGCUGCGGGCCGGACAGAUCAUCAGGAAAGCCCUGGCGGAGGAGAAACGAGUCUCCACCAAAACGUCGGCUGCGGAUCUGGUGACAGAGACGGAUCGCCUGGUGGAAGAUCUGAUCAUCUCUGAGCUGCGAAAGCGGUUUCCUUCCCACAGGUUCAUCGCAGAAGAAGCCGCGGCCUCCGGGGCCUCGUGUGUGCUCACCCCCAGCCCCACCUGGAUCAUCGACCCUAUCGAUGGCACCUGCAACUUCGUGCACCGGUUCCCCACCGUGGCCGUCAGCAUCGGGUUUGCCGUUCGCCAGGAGCUGGAGUUUGGAGUGAUUCACCACUGCACGGAGGAGCGGCUGUACACAGGCCGGAGGGGCCAAGGUGCCUUCUGCAAUGGCCAGCGGCUCCGAGUCUCGGGGGAAACAGAGCUCUCGAGGGCCUUGGUGCUGACAGAAAUCGGCCCCAGGCGCGACCCUGCGACCCUGAGACUCUUCCUGAGCAACAUGGAGCGUCUGCUGCACGGCCGGGCUCACGGGGUCCGAGUGAUCGGGAGCUCCACCCUGGCGCUCUGCCACCUGGCCGCGGGGGCCGCCGAUGCCUAUUACCAGUUUGGCCUGCACUGCUGGGACCUGGCAGCCGCCACGGUCAUCGUCAGAGAAGCAGGUGGCAUCGUGAUGGACACUUCAGGUGGACCCCUCGACCUCAUGUCCUGCAGGGUGGUUGCUGCUGGCACCCGGGAGAUGGCGAUGCUCAUAGCCCAGGCCUUACAGACUAUUAACUGUGGGAGGGACGAUGAGAAGUGAGUGCCCAGGCAGCAGCCUGGCCAGGGACCGGGGACAGCCUUCCCGGAGGCUGCGUGGAAGCACUCGGGAGGGGCUGCCCCAGUGGCCUGUGCCCCAUGCAGGGGUCUCCCUCCCCCAGAGCGGUGGACUUGGUGUGUAGCUGGCUUCUCUUCAGUCCCAGGUAGCUUCUCCAGGUCCGUGCACGUUCUUCUGCAGGGCCUAGGCCUGAAUCUCACACGAGACGCCUACUGGUGGUCCAGUCUUUCCUUCCCUCCAGAAGGCAAGCCUCAGGUAAUCUUUGGAGCUGCUGGUAAAGCAGCCUCGUCCUCAGGCCCUCCCGUGCCCCAAGGUUCUACAGAAUGCAGUACGUCAAAACCACGCACUCCACGCAUCUGUUCUCUCAGAUGUGUCGCCUGCUUCCCCAAACACCAUGGAUGCGGGCUCCUGGGAAAGGCUUUGACUUUGAAGUUCAAAGGAGACAGUGUAGGUUGCUCGUCUCUGUCUUGGAUGAGCGCCAGGAAAACCUCAGUCCGUUUGGUGUUAGUAUUCAGACUCCAAGAUGCCUUGCAGGACAGACUGCAGAGAAACCAGUAGCUGAAAACCGCCUCUCUGAAAUGCUGACUGUUCAAUGGAGAGAAAUUGCAAUGUAUUUCCUGGGCCUUAUCUAUCUCUUUAGGAGAUGGAAUUAUUGAUGCAGAUAAUUAAAAUGCUCCGACAGGCCAAAAACCUCUUCUGAAGUUUAGACAUUGAGAAAGUCAGUCUUAAAAACCAAAAAUUCCAACCUCUUCACUUUCUCCCUCAUCUUCCUCCCCUGCCAUCAACAAACCAUGUUCCAGAGCCUUCCUGGCCUCUGCUGUCUCUGGCCCCACCCUUGGAGGAUGGCCCCUUGUAAAAUAACCUGUCAGUCUCCCCAAACAGUACCUCUGUGGUCUCAGCAAGACCCAGCUGGCCUCAAAGCCUCAGCCCUGGACACUCAGGGCCACACAGGACCCCUCCAUCCACACUCCUGGGACAAGCCACCAAAGAACAGCUCACUGCAGGUGUGAGACCCCAGAGAAGAACUCCUCAGGGAGCGUUCUCGUUGGGAAUAAAAUGCCAAGUGCCUUACCCCACUUCCUCUUGGGUCAUUUUUUAUUAAAUUCACUGUGGAAAGGAAGGAAUUUCCCUUUCUGGUCUGAAUGGGGAGAGCAGAAGAACCCCAGUGUGUGCCUUAUUCAAGGACCAGAUGUGUGAGGACUUGGUCUCACUUGGAUGAACUGGCCUCGUGCCCGCUGAGUGCGUGGUUGGUGCUCCUGACUUGCACAGGAGCGCGCCCCACGGGAGCGUGAGGGCAGGACUGUGUGGGGUGGUGCGGAUAAAACGGAGGCACUCCCGUCUCCCCAGGUUUGGUGGCUCAGCACUGCAUGGAAGUCACCCUCAGAGAACUUGCCCCAGCAUCCUCCACCCUGCGGAAGGCACUGUGUUAGGAAUCCACAUCCUUCCCCGUCCAUCCGAAGACUCCCUGUGGCAUCCAUGGUGCAGUGGGGUCGGGGAGCAGGGAGCGGGCCAGUCCUAGGGCAGGGCAGGGCCACAGGUGAGACCCCACGAGCAGCCUGGGUGUGCAGGUGACUCUGUGGUUCUGCAGAGCCAGCCUUAAGAUGAGACCUCUCGGGAAGAAGCAGAGCCAAGGAGCCAGGAGCCUGGGUGAUGGGGCCGGGCAGGGGAGCCGCGGGGCUGCACGGCCAGUAUCAGCCCAAGGUGUUUCGGAACAGGCUGGAAGAGCGUCUUCUCCCGCUGGCGGCUGGUCUCUGUUGCUGCCCUGGCCACCAGCGGCUUCAGGAGGGAGGAGUGCUGGCUCUGGGUGAGCAGGCCCAGUUCCAGCCCGGGCUUCCUGGCCUCAGGCUCAGGUGCCGUCCCUCGUGGGAUGCUCCAAGGAUGGCCUGGGUGGCAUGCA